AUGAAGUACAUAUCACAAGACGAUAUGGUAAUAACCAGAUCGACCAUUAAUUCUCAUGCAUCUACCCAAGAAAACAUUGACUACUUGGAAUACAUACCAAUGGAUCAAGAACAUUACUUAAAUAACAAUUUAAACUUAUUAACUUUCAUUAAGUUGAACAAUAAGACUACCUCAGAUGAUUUAAUCACUUCAAGAAUAAAGAACAUUUGCUGGAGAAGAUGCAAUAAAAACAUAUUCAACGUGGAUGAAUUACCACCUCAUGCAAUCAACUGGGAUAAGAAUUCAGAUAUCACUUGGUUAUUUGGACCAAAAGUCAUUGUCCCAGAAAUAAAAGUUGAAGAUAAUACCAUCGAAACUUCAUCAUACUACAGUACUUUUGAAGAAGACGAAGAAGUCUGUUCCUUAUUAAGUGACGACGAAGAUAGCCAAAGUGAAGUUAGUUCUAUCUUAUCAUUUGAAAGAAAGAACUCUGUAUCAUCAUCAGCCAGCUCAUACUUUGAAGUUGAUGAAGAUGACGAAUAUGAAUACAAUUUAAGAUCUUCCAUCAAAAAGUCGAACACCAAAUCUGCAAAGAGAGUUUCAUUCCACUACAUUGUCAAUACCAGAGAAAUUAUAAAUGGUAUCUCUUUUGACUAUGACUUUUUGGACCGUGAAUGCUUAUAA